AUGGCUGCGUCAGGCUCCCUGUGCCGCACCAGUGCCAUGUCAUGCCUUGCGGCAGAUGUGGUGACAGAAGUGGACGGUCAUUCUUUGGACAAUGGCAGCGUCAAGGAUAUGAUUCGAGAGCACCAUGCAGCUCUGAUGCGCGAGCUGUCGAAGCAGCAGGAAAUGCUGUACAGCUUGCAAUGCUGGAGCCAGGACUUUUCCCAUCGCCAGAUGCCUGCGCCGCCUGCGCCGCCUGGCCACCUGGCAUCCACAGCAAUGCCGGCCCCUCCUCACUGCGAGAGCCCACCGAUGCCCCAGGCAGCCAAGCAGCACUCUGUGGCCAGCAACCUGGGUUCUCCUAGCUCUGCCCUCUCGAAGAACACAAAAUCCUCGCGAAUUGUGACGCAGAUCCAGGCGCGGAUAGCUGCCGUCAAAGAAAAGAAGCCGACUUUGAGGGAGACAAGGUUCCUCGUGGUCGAGAUGCAGCUGCGUGGAUCAGCUGCUGAGAGUAUCGUGCGCAUGUAUCCGGAAUGGCCGACGGAUACUGACAGGAACUCGGCUGCUCAGGAAUAUGCCUUCCUCGCCUUCUACGUGUGCGAAACGGUGUUGAGAAUAACUGUGUUGCGGAAGGAGUGGUACUUCCAUCCGGAGGAGGGCAUCCAAUGGGGCAACUUCUUGGAUGCGCUGAUUGUCUUGUUCGGCUUGACGGACUUGGUGAUUGCGAAAAUCGUGCUGCCACAUGAAGGAGAAUCUCACGGCGGCGCAGUUUUACUGCGCAUUCUGCGCGUCGGCAAGAUCGCGAAGACCAUGCGCCUCGUUCGAGUGAUGCAGCUGUUUUCCCAACUUCGCAGCAUGGUGGAGACCUUCGUCGCGAGCUUGACCUCGCUUUUCUGGUCUAUGGUCUUGUUGCUGGUCUGCAUGAUGAUUGCAGCGCUGGUUCUUUGCGAGUCCUGCGUGCCGCUGAUUGUCGACCCUCAUACCAGCCUCGACCUAGAAACCAAGGAGUGGCUUCUGAUCCGGUACGGCAGCUUCAGUCGUGCCAUGUACACCAUGUUCGAAAUCACGUUCAGCGGCGGUUGGCCCGUCCUCGUCCGACCCCUGGUGGACGAUGUCAGCGUCUUCUUUGCAGUUCCGUGCUUGAUUUAUGUCGUCGCCAUCGUCUUCGCUGCCUUGCGCCUCAUCACCGCGCUCAUGGUCCGUUCGACAAUGCAGGUCCUCAACAGCGAUGCAGCUGCAGCGGUCCUCGAGCGAAUGGAGAAAGCAUCCGAGCUCCAGGACAAGCUUCUGGAGGUCUUCCAUGACGCCGACAGCGACGAAGAUGGGCGGUUAACUAUGGAGGAGUUCGAAGCGAUGUUGCGACACAAAGAAAUGCGGCACUACUUGAGCAUUCUGGGACUGGAUGUUCGUGAUGCCCGAAUGCUAUUUCGGGUUCUGGACGACGGUGACGGCACCCUCUCCGUCCAGGAAUUCUGCGAGGGCGUUGCGAAAGUUAAGGGAAGCGCGACAUCUGCCGACAUCAUGCACCUUCUCCAUGAGACUGGGAAGAUGCGAAGGGACUGCCAGGCCAUCCUGCUUGCCGUCUCCGGGCAGCCAGCCGCGAGCAUGACCGUCGGGUGUAUGAAGUCGAAGUAG